UUAACUUUUGUUACCAAAUUGUUAAUCAAAUUGUUCUUUUCUCUCAUUAAUAUAAUUGACUAUUUAAUUGAUUUUUUUACUAAAUAACAAGUGAUCGAAAAAGUUUGAACACUUAUAAUCGUCCACCGUUAACCUUUAGUUGGUCAGGUUACAAAAAGAGAAUUGGAAACGUUAUUAUCAUGCAAACCUCUUGAUUCAACAUUUUUCUUUAAAAGUAACUUAAUUUUUAUUUCUAUUGCUAAAUAUUGGUUUCAUCUUAUUGGAUUUUCUUUGGGAAAUCAAAUUGAACAAUUAAACUGAUUGUAUCGGAGAGAUGGUCUAUCAUUUGAUUAACUCUAACGAUCGGAAUAAUUUUGUUUACAUUGAUAAGAAACAAUUUAUUAACUUUAGAUAAUGUUUAAUGGAAAGCAACAUCAACAAUCAAGACAAAAUGUACAAUGAAUGGCCAGUUAUUAACGUUAAUUCAAUUUUCGAGGAAAAUAGAUGGAGUGUAUUACACAAAUUACCUUAUAUUAAUGGUCAAAAUAUCGUUAACGCUGUGGUCAAACCCUUGGCUGGUAAUGUGAUUAAAGGAAGUUCAAGUAAUCGUGAUCUUGGUGGUGGUGGAAUAUCUAGUUCUUUGAGUGCUGGUAGUGGUAUCGGUGUCGGUGUCGGUGGCAGUAGUAGUUCCAGUGGAUUGGCCAGUCAACUAUCAAUAACUGAUCCACCAUCAAGCGAUAUUGAAACAAUUAAUUAUCUUAAAACGGAUCGUGAUGUCCAAUGGGUGAUGGAAGUAAUUUGUUUUGGUCUUUCACUGCCGAUCAAUACAACAGAGCAACAUGAAGCUAUUCGAGAUUGUGUUCAUAUCUAUUGUGAAUGGAUGUAUGCCCUGAUUCCCCAUGAAUCGGCAAUUAAAAUUAUCCCUUCACCAAUAAUGAACGAUCCAAAUCAUUAUUAUCGACGGAUAAUUCAACAUUUAUAUAAUGUUUUCAUACCAAGGACAAACACCAAUGGUACAAAUUCAGGUCAUUCAAGUGCUUCAGCUGAUCUAAAUUCUAAUGAUAUCAUCUCUCGACAAGCUCUUCUCUGUCAUCGUGUCUUACGAACCAUUGGUUGUAUUACUCAAGAUGAGAAUAAUAUCAUGGACAGAGAAACAUGGGAUUUGCUUCUUCUUUUCCUUCUAUCAAUAAAUAAUUCUCUUCUAGCUCCACCAACAGAGAAAAUUGAUAUUGGUCGAACUAAAUUAUGUGAACGAGUAAUUAGCGUUCUAUUCGAGAUUUGGAUUAUCGCUUGUUACAAAUUUUUUCCUAAUCCAUCUUUUUGGAAGACAUUCCAUCAUCUUUGCUGCACUUGGAGACAUCAACCUGCCCUAAUUGACCAAUGGUCUCGAGUUUGUUUCAUUUUUACCCAAAGAUUAUUACAAUUAACUUACGAUUCAGCUACUUCACCUUCACUUUUACCUAAUUCAUGUAAUGAACCUGGAUCACCAUUAAUCGCUUCCUAUUGUAUCCAAUCAAUUAACAAAAUGCCCAAAGAAAUUGUCUCUGAGGCUUGGUAUAAAUUUCUCAAUACAAUCGGUAAUCCAGUUGAUCUUCAUUCAUCGGCAAUCAUAUCGAAAACAUGUAAAUUUCAUUACUAUGUUGCUGACAGUGUUGUAGAUCCUCGUCAACAUCCAUGUUUAAAUGAUCUCCCUCAAAUAUUUUAUCGAGCAAUGAAAGGAUUGGCCAUGUUGGUUGAUUCUUUCCUUGGAUUACCUGUUUGCUUUGACAUGAAUGACCUUAACGACACCGAAUCAACCAAAUCCGGAGGAACAGUAUCCAGUUCAGCUUCUAGUUCAGGAAUUGUUCCCCCACCCCGGAAACAGUCCAGUGUCAAAUCGGGCUCAUCAACAACGAAAAGCAGCAAAAAAGGAGGCCUACUCUCGGGUUUAUCACAUGUUUCCAAACCAUCUCAACAACAACAGCAACAGCAACAACAACAACUACAACAACAGCAACUUCAGCAACAAUUACAACAGCAACAACAAAUUCAACAGCAGCAACAGCAACAACAACAACAACAACAACAACAAGCUCAACAACAGCAACAAAUAGCUCAACAAAUGUUAGUUAGCUCAUCUUAUCAAACUACAACUAGCGUACCAACACCAAGCCCACCGACAGUAUCUUCAACUACACGUUACCUUCGUAAUUUAACAUUUAAUCAAUCAAAGCCUAAAGUAAACUCGAUUCUUAAUGUUCUUGGUAAUUGGUUAUUCAAUGCAUGUAUGAUUGGAACCAAAUAUUAUGUACCAAAUGAGACAACAAGUGAAGGAGGUGAUAACUCAGAUGGGUCAACAUCGACAACCACCGGUGAUACUUUAACCUCACGGAAAAGUUCAAUAGGUGCUGGUUCAGAUAGAAUAAGCCUUGAAAUAUCUUCAUCACUUUCUCCAGAAAAUUUUGAAGCCGGACAAUCGGAGGCCAUUGGUGCUCUUUGUCGUCUAUUUUCAUCAAAGAAAACGGAUGAAGACAUUUCUCCCGUUUAUUUGGCUCGAUUUUAUUUAGCAUUACAAUAUGGAUUAUCGGUUAAAGAGAAUACUAGAGGUCAAGUUUUAUCAAGUAUUUUAUUGAAUGGAACGAAACUUUUUCGAAUCAAUCUUAAUGGUAUCAAUAUACUUAUACCCGAUUUCCUUCGUGCUAUGGAAACUGUUAUUUCUGAAUCAGAUUCUGAGUUCAGGACCUCGACAUCAAUAACUGACCUACGACGAGCAUGUAUCAAACUAUUGUUAUCCAUGAUCUCAUAUCCUCUUCAUUUUAACGAGCUACCUAUCAAAGAUUCCCUGACAGACUCAUCGCCGAUCACAUUCCGCUCUUUAAGGCCUCGAUUUAUCAAUUUCAUGAUCAACGCUCUCAAAACUGAACAUGAUUCACUUAACGUUCAAAUGCUAUUAGGAGGCUUAUUAGUUUGUGUACAAGAUUCAUUCAUCAAAGACAAGGAAAUAAACAAAGGUUCAAGUAUGUCCGAUAAAUCACCAAUUAAAAAUUUGGAUAUUUUCUCUACAACAGAAAAGAUAAUCCAAUCUUCACAUCAACAGCAACAAUUUAUCAAUAAUUCAUAUCGACGAGGUAGAUUUCAUAAUCUAUCUGAUGCUUUUUUAGGAAAAGGCGGAAUUCCUGACACAGCUCGGGAAAUUUAUUCACGAUCAUUGAAUUUGGUUUGUCAAUUGUUAUCCAACAAUUGGAAAAAUGAUACUCAAGUAUCGUUGGCAGCAUUGGAAACUCUCGUGGUUUUGGCUCGAAUUAAAUUUACCGAUGCUGAUGGAAAUGAAUCCGGUCUUCCUUCAAUGAUUGACGAAUGUAAAUUAUCAACUAAAUGGAUUUGUGACUUUAUCGUCUAUCAAUGUUCCCGACCUCCGCCUCACCAUUCAAAAGACAUGCAUUCAACCAUUGUGGCAGCUUAUCGAUGUUUAAACGUUUGGUUUCAUGAACAUUCAUGCCUAUUAAAUGAUCGUGAAUGUAUUGAUACUUUGAUGGAAGUUGUUGAACUUGGAAUCUCUGGAUCUAAAUCUCGAACCUCUAGCGGUCUAAUACUUAAGGUUAAUAAAGAAUUGAAACCCGCCUCAAUGAGGGUCAGAGAAGCGGCUGAAUCUUUGUUGACCUGUUUAAUGAAUCAUUUUGGUAACUGUCCACCAGCCCCUUGUCCACCUGAAACUGUUACCGGUUGUUGUUUGCUUGACGAAGCAUCAAUCUUGCGAGGAUUGGGUAUCGAUGUUGAUACCAAUGCCGUCGAUAGUUGGUCCAAGUAUUUUAAAUAUUUUAUCGCCGAUAAUUCAAUUUUAUUGGCCUUUGUUAAUCAUCCACCAGCUCAACGUAGUAUUUGUAUUAUACGAUCUCCAUUUGGAAAAUAUUGCUGGUCAAUGAAAUUUCAAGUAUUAUCUUUACACAGUAGUACCGAUAGGUCUGCUUUCGAGUCCAUCCCACGUCCACCGCCUCACUCUGUUCCAUCCACCCGUCGAACGGUUCUUCCAAGAUUUAUUCCUGAAUCACUUGAGAAAAUCCCUCUAACCAAACUGGACAUGGUGAUCCCAAGUUUAACCAAUCUUAUAAAGUCCAAUCAAACACUUAAAAGUGACCAUGAAAAGAUGAGUAAAAUUAUCGAGAAACAAGUUCUAAGUGAGAAAGAAUUGGAAAAACGUUGUCUUCCAUUGAUAUUUUCUUCCGAUCUCAAUCAGCCCAAAUCUAAAGAUGAACUUGAAUGUAGUCGAUUAAUUUUAUCACAUUUAGGAUUCAUUUCCCUUGGUUCAGGUCAAAAGUCAGCUGAUUUUUCAUCUAGAGUACCAUCAUUGAUCAGUUUGGAUAAAAAGAACGUUGAACUUUACAAUAAUAUCAAAACAUUGGACAUGAUCUCAACUCGAACCUCAGAUACUGCUUUCGUUUUCUAUGUUCGUAAAGGUCGAGUUCACCCUCAAGAAAUACUUAAUAGUGUCUCUUCAAAACACUAUGUAAGUCCAUCUUUUAUUGAUUUUCUCAAUGGUUUGGGUUGUUCAAUUAAGGUAAAUCAACAUCACGGUUGGACGGGUAAUGUUUACACUUCCUGGAAAUCAAGAGAUGAUGAUAGUAUUUCAGAUGAUCGUGAAUCUUAUGAUGAUCAUGGUGGAAGUGCUUAUGAUGGUAACAAGAUGGUUCUUUAUUGGGCUGAUGUUUGCCAUGAGAUUGCGUUUAUCGUGCCUUCAGUUAGACUUCCAGAUGAAGAUUCCAUAUCAAUUGACUCUGAGGUUAAAGUAAGAGCCAAAAGUACCGAAGGAUCGGAAACAGUUGACCUGAGGUCAUUGUCAAGUUUAAGCGACGAUGGUACCAAUACCUCAAAUUUUUCUCGUAAUUUAUCGGAAGCUGAAUCAACUCGAAAUAGUUGGAGAAAGAAAAAUAAACAUCUCUCCUUUAUUGGAAACAUUGGUUGUGAUACAAAAAUUUUAAUCAUUUGGCUUGAAAGUAUCGACGAUGAGGCCACAAUUCCUAUUUCAACAUUACUUACCGUAACCAACACUGGAGUUGAAACUAAUCCGUUGUCCAAAAAGGAUUACAUUGCGAUCCUUGUUCACCCUCUUAAAAACGGCCUAUUCACAACGAAAAUAAUCACUUCAUUGACUAGGCCACCAAUUGCUCUUCCACUUUUGGACGGGAUGGUUGUUAGUCAACGUGUUCUUGGUAUUUUCGUACGAUUAACUUGCCUUAAUUUAUGUCGACGUAGACGUUUAGAUGCUGAAAGUUUCCAACCGCCGCAUGUGAAACGAAGAUUGAAAAUUCAAGAAAUGGCGAAAAAGCUUCAAUCGAACAUGGAUCAAUCUGAAUUCUAUUUCUCCCUAUUUACGUAAUUUCGUUAAUUAUCAUGAUAAUUAAACAGAAUUUUCCUUAACAUCAUGACAAGCUAAUUAACUUCAUAAGAUGACCAUAUGAUUCUGGACAGAGAAAGAUAGAAAAAUGGAGACAAUCAGCAAACAUGAUUAACUAAAUUAACGAAUUAUAAAAAAAAGAAACUUUUUUAUAUAUUUAUUGCGAUUUUUAAAACCUUGUUAACUUCAAUCAAUUUUGAUUUUAAUUAGGUAACAAUCAAAAUCAAUGGUAUAAUUUGGUUAAUUGUAGCCACCCAAAUCAUUUAUACACCAAAUAUUUUUAUUCAAGAAAAGUAUAAACAAUCAAUCAUGAACAAUCAAUAAUGAUAAAUGAACAAACAAAAAAAAAUGAACAAAUUGCUUUGAGCUUUAAAUUAGUGCAAUAAAAAUUAAGCUUUUAUUUAUUUAUUAAA